CCUUAAAAAUUAUACUUUUUUGCAUAUAUGAAAUAUACCCUCUACCAUUUUAUUUAUUUAUUCUGUCUGCUAUCUCAGUUCGUGCGAUGUCACAGUAUCAACAAUAAGCAAUUAUUAUGGGUAGAAACUAUCACAUCCGUCGGAUUAGAUAUUGCCGACCGUCCAAAGACUUUCUUCGAAAAGCGAGCUAUUUCACCAAACAACUACUUUCAGCCCAAUUUACGAACAUUGGAAUAUGAUGACUCACUACGACUGACUCUGACAGCUUUCAAUACAACUGUCUAUCUGCACCUGAUCCCAAACCUCGAUCUGUUUCAUUCCAAUGCCGUCAUUCACCAACAAGGUCGGUCAGUGAAGAUAAAGCCUUCAGAUUAUAGGGUCUAUCGUGGUUAUGUCAUUGAAGAUUUCUAUUCUGAGCAUUGGUGGCUGUCAGGUUUACCCGAGGAAGACAUUAUAGGUCAACCUGGUGUAUUGGGAUGGGCCAGAAUCGUUAUUCGCAAUGAUAUAAAGCAUGAUUUGGAUUACCCUUUAUUCGAAGGAGCUUUCAGUAUAAACGGUGAUAUUCACCAUAUAAAAUUAAGGAAUAAUUAUCAUUUAACGAAAAGAUCGGACGAUGCAGACUUGUCUACAGAAGGAGCUCAGCAACAUUUAGUCAUUUACCGUGAUUCAGACACGGUAACUAAGGAGAAUAAGUAUUAUAACAGAUCUAUAAUACCUCACCUAACUGGGGAAUGCGGAUUUGAUCGUCUGUCGCAACAUCAUCAGCAAUUGCAACGACAGAUCCUUGAUCCAUUUAAAAUUCCUUCGUUUUCCACAACCUCUUUCUCCAAAAAUUCAGUAGUAGAUUCUAUAUUUGACAUCCCAACUACUCCUAAAGUCCCAUCAUUAGCCAAACGAGCGCCGGCCGGUUGCCCUACGACUAAAAAGAUUCUGUAUAUGGGGGCAGCAGCUGACUGUACUUAUACUAAGCAUUACGGUACAACAGAUAAUGCUCGUAUGCAAAUAAUCAACGACUGGAAUUCUGUCAGCUCCGUGUACUCAUCUACUUUUAAUGUUGCGAUCGGCUUGAUUAAUAUCACCAUAAUGGAUUCAUCUUGCCCGGCAAAUCCACCUUCAGCUACGAAUUGGAAUCAAGCUUGCUCCAAUAGUUAUCCAAUAACAACCCGGUUAAGCGACUUCAGUCGUUGGAGAGGCAGCAUUGGUGAUGAUGGAGCUGGAUUAUGGCAUUUAAUGACCAAUUGCGCAACGGGUGCUGAAGUAGGUAUUGCUUGGAUGUCGCAAGUUUGUAAUACAGAAGCUAUCCGCUCCAGCUCUACGGGCGAAUAUACCUCUGGUACAGGUGUUUCUUCCAUUAUUCGCGAUGAGUGGAAAGUAGUUGCUCAUGAAAUCGGACAUGGCUUCGGCGCUAUUCAUGAUUGUAAUGCAAUGAGCUGUCCGUGUUCAGGAUCAAGCUGUCAGUGCUGUCCUUACAGUGAUACUCAAUGCGAUGCAGGCGGAAAAUACUUUAUGAACCCUACUAGUAAUGCUUCAUCAGAUGCUUUUAGCCCCUGUAGCAUCAACACUAUUUGUGGGUCUAUGUCGCAAUUCACAAGUUGUUUACAAACUCCUGGAUCGAGGAAUGUAACUACUUUACAAAUGUGUGGUAAUGGUAUUAAAGAAACUGGUGAAGAUUGUGAUACAGGUGGGCUACCAAGUAAUUGUUGUGAUCCCAGCACAUGUAAAUUCAAACCAGACGCUGUUUGCGAUGACUUCAAUGAUGGGUGCUGUAACAAUUGCCAACUACGACCUGCCAAUUACACCUGUCGUCCUGCUUCCACAGUAUGCGAUAUACCUGAAGUCUGUUCAGGGACAUCCGGCGAUUGUCCUGAAGACAAAUUUAAAGAUGAUCUCAGUAGUUGUGGUAAUGGACUUCAAUGCGCCUCUGGUCAAUGCACAUCACGUAACACGCAAUGUGCCGCGCGUGGCGUCACCUACAGUAUCACAAAAGCUUGCGCUGCUGACAAUGGAUGCCAAAUUACCUGUCAAGAUCCUCGCUCUGCACUUUCAUGUAUUCAAUUCCCUGGCGCUUUCAUAGAUGGUACACCAUGCGGUAUCGGAGGCAUAUGCAAAGCCGGUUCCUGCAAUAACGAGAAUCUUGGUAAUAACAUCAAGAAUUGGAUCCAGAACAAUUUGAAGAUUGUGAUACCAGUAGCAGUCGUCGUUGGACUGUUGCUUUUGUGCUGUUUGUAUAGAUGCUGCUGUUAUGGUGGUAGACGUACUGGUUAUAAUGACAUUACCAAAACAACGAUCUAUACCAUUCCUGGACAGCAGCCGCCAGCAUAUGGUGCACCACCACCACCACCUCAACAAUAUGUAAAUACUCAGCAACCCUACUAUCCCCCGCCGCCUAACAGCUAUUAUACUCCACCAGGAAUACGCCAAAACGGCUGGGUUGAUCCUGCAGCGUAUAACGGAUACGGGAACACUACUAAUAACAGAGGGCCACAAUCACCGCUUCCUGUGUAUUCCCAACAUGAACCUAAUAACUGUAAUAACAGCAAUAACAACAAUGAUAGUUACGAAAUGAACAAUGCACAACAAUGGCGGCAGCAUAGCCCAACUCCACCUGUAGGAACAGCAAUUACACCGAAUACGCCCACACCAGCAUACCAGAUGCCUCAACCAUCAACAAACCAUCUAUCGGCUCCUGGAGGUAUUCACAACACUACGAAUAUUGGAGGAAGGCCAUUUAACGAAGGCGUUGUCUAA